CUGCGCGGCUCCUCCCCGCCGCUCCCCGGGCCCGGCGCUCGCUUCGAGUCCGCGCCGCUGCCGCUGGGGAGGCGGCGCCGGGAGCUGAGCGGGGCCGGGCGGCGGCGCACCUCGCCGGAGCCUGCUCGCCGGGAUGAACGGGACGGCCAACCUCACCCCGGCUGGCCGUGGCCACUACGGCUCCGCCAUCCCGGUGCCGCGCGCCGUGCCCCCCAGCAAGCUGCCUGCUGCGGCCCCCCCGGCCCGCCAGAGCACCCCGGGGCCUCCCGCCUCCCACCAGGCCUCAUCCCCGCGGCUGGCCUCCGGCCCCAAAAGCCUCAAGCCCAAGCCCAGAGCCACCGGCCAUGAGCCGGCCGAGGGCCCCAGCCCCAGCGUCCCCCCCCGUGGGGGGCAGAGACCCCCGGUGCCCCCCGGGAAGUGGCCGGAGGUGGGCAAGGGGGUGGCGGGCAGCCGAGGGGCUGGCGUGGAGAGCGGCCUGCGGGGACCCGGGGGCCGCCGUCCCCUGAGCUGCUCCGUGCGGGGGCCGGGGGGGACCCCUGAGAUGGCGGCGGAGGACGGGCCCCCCGCCGGCUCGCAGAGCAGGGUGCCCGUCUUCGGGUCGGGGGCCAUCAGUUUCUCCUCGGCCUCCCCGCACAGCCGGCCCGUGACGGCCACCGUGGCACCCUUCCAGUACCGGCUGCAGGGGGACGGGGAGGAGCGGGCCACGUCCCCGUGUGACACCAGUCCUGCCAAGGGGCCCGACCCCAAGCCCGGAGCCUUGACAGCAGCAGCAGCAGCAGCAGCAGCAGCAGCCGCCGGCGGGUUAAAUGGUGGCAGCGCGGGGAUGCUGGGGAGCAACCUCAAGAGCCUUCCCGACGUGGAGCUGGGCGACGAGGGGGCGGCGGAGCUCCGCGGCUACCGGCGGGGCCCCGACGGCGGCGCCGUGAUGCCGAAGCGGGCGAAAGCGGCGGCGGCGACGACGACGACGGCGGCGGCGGCGGCGGCGGGGCCGCGGGGCGCGGAGCUGCGGGUGUUCAAGGCGAGCAGCGCCGAGGGGCGGCUGCCGGCCGGCUCCAACCUGCGCAAGCAGAAGUCGCUCACCAACCUGGCCUUCCUCACCGACGCCGAGAAGAAGCGGCAGCUCUACGAGCCGCGCUGGAGCGACGACAUGGCCAAGGCGGCGGCCACGGUGGCGGCAGGAGGCCGUGGCGGCGGUGGCGGCGGUGGCGGCGGUGGUCCCCGCGCCCGCGAGGCGCCCGCCAUGUCGCGCAGCCUGUCCCGCUCCGAGCACUCCCUGCUGCCGCCGCGCCCCGCCGGCCCCGCCAAGCCGCCGGCCGCCGGCAAGCCCAGCCGCAUCCCCCGGGGGCCCUACGCUGAGGUGAAGCCCCUCAGCAAGGCCCCCGAGGCGGGCGGCGGUGGCGGCGGCGGUGGCAAGUGCGACGACGAGCUGCUGGGCGGGAAGGGGCCUGCGGCGGCGGGCGCCGAGGAGAAGCCGUACCUGAAGGUGGACCCCGAGCUGGUGGUGACGGUGCUGGGAGACCUGGAGCAGCUCCUCUUCAGCCAGAUGUUGGACCCCGAGUCCCAGAGGAAGAGGACGGUGCAGAAUGUGCUGGACCUUCGGCAGAACCUGGAGGAGACCAUGUCCAGCCUGCGGGGCUCCCAGGUGUCUCACAGCUCCCUGGAGAUGACGUGCUACGACAGCGACGAAGCCAACCCCCGCAGCGUGUCCAGCCUGUCGAACCGCUCCUCGCCGCUCUCCUGGCGCUACGGGCAGUCGAGCCCCCGCCUGCAGGCCGGGGACGCGCCGUCGGUGGGGGGCAGCUGCCGCUCCGAGGGCACCCCCAGCUGGUACAUGCACGGCGAGCGGGCGCACUACUCGCACACCAUGCCCAUGCGCAGCCCCAGCAAGCUGAGCCACAUCUCCCGCCUGGAGCUGGUCGAGGCGCUGGACACCGACGACGUGGAGCUGAAGUCGGGCUACAUGAGCGACAGCGAUUUGAUGGGGAAGACCCUGACGGAGGACGACGACAUCACCACGGGCUGGGAUGAAAGCAGCUCCAUCAGCAGCGGCCUCAGCGAUGCCUCUGACAACCUCAGCUCGGAGGAGUUCAACGCCAGCUCCUCGCUCAACUCCCUGCCCUCCACCCCCACGGCCUCGCGCAGGAACUCGGCCAUAGCGCUGCGCACGGACUCAGAGAAGCGCUCGCUGGCAGAGAGCGGGCUGAGCUGGUACGGCGAGGCCGAGGACAAGGCGACGAAGAAGCUGGACUACGACAGCAGCAGCCUCAAGAUGGAGCACGGCUCCUCCAAGUGGCGGCGGGAGCCCUCGGAGAGCUGCGAGGAGGGGUCCAAGGGCGGCGAGCUGAAGAAGCCGGUCAGCCUGGGCACCCCGGGCUCCCUCAAGAAGGGCAAGACCCCUCCGGUGGCAGUGACCUCUCCUAUCACCCACACGGCCCAGAGCACCCUCAAAGUGGCAGGCAAACCUGAGACCAAAGCCACCGACAAGAGCAAACUGUCCGUGAAGAACACAGGCCUGCAGCGCUCCUCCUCCGACGCCGGCCGCGACCGCAUCGGUGAUGCCAAGAAGCCCCCGUCAGGCCUCACGCGCCCCUCGGCCUCCAGCUCCUUCGGCUAUAAGAAGCCGGCUCCUGCCACUGGCACCGCCACCGUCAUGCAAGCUGGGGGCUCGGCCACGCUCGGCAAGAUCCAGAAGAGCUCCGGCAUCCCCGUCAAGCCGGUCAGCGGGAGGAAAACAAGCCUGGAUGUCUCCAACGCGGCCGAGCCCGGCUUCCUGGCCCCAGGGGCUCGCUCCAACAUCCAGUAUCGCAGCCUGCCCCGGCCGGCCAAGUCCAGCUCCAUGAGCGUGACGGGCGGCCGCGGCGCCAACCGGCCCGUCAGCAGCAGCAUCGAUCCCAGCCUGCUCAGCACCAAGCAGGGCAGCAUCUCGGUGUCGCGGCUCAAGGAGCCGUCCAAGAUCGGCGCCGGCCGUGGCGCGCCGGCCCCCGUGAACCAGACGGACCGGGAGAAGGAGAAGGCCAAGGCCAAGGCGGUAGCGCUGGACUCCGAGUGCGUGACGCUGAAGAGCAUCGGCUCACCCGAGAGCACCCCGAAAGCCCAGGCCAACCUCCCACCGGCGGCCAAGGUGGCUGAGCUGCCCCCCACGCCUCUCAGAGCGGCUGCCAAGACGUACGUGAAGCCUCCCUCGCUGGCCAACUUGGACAAGGUCAACUCAAACAGCCUGGACUUGCCCUCCUCCAGCGAGCUGCACCCCCCGCACGCUGCCAAGCUCCAGGACCUGCACCCAACCGGCGGGCACCUGACGCCCUGCUUCAGCCCCAGUCCUGCCCCCAUCCUCAACAUCAACUCGGCCAGCUUCUCCCAGGGCCUGGAGCUCAUGGGCGGCUUCAGCGUCCCCAAGGAAGGCAGGAUGUACCCCAAGCUCUCAGGCCUGCACCGCAGCAUGGAGUCCCUGCAGAUGCCCAUGAGCCUGCCCAGUGCCUUUUCGGGGGGCAGCACCGCCGCCCCCACCCCUGCUGCUGUCCCCCCUGCCAGCGCGGAGGAGGAGGAGGAGGAGGCGGGUGAGCUGGGCUGGAGCGGCAGCCCCCGGCUCGCUCAUCUGGACAGCUCCAACCGCGACAGGAACACGCUGCCCAAGAAAGGGCUGAGGUACCAGCUCCACUCCCAGGAGGAGGCCAAGGAGCGGCGCCACUCGCACACCAUCGGCGGGCUCCCCGAGUCGGACGACCAGACGGAGCUGCCCUCGCCCCCCGCCCUGCCCAUGGCGCUGGUGGGGAAGGGCCCGCUCACCAGCAUCGUGAGCCCCACUGCCGCCACCACCCCGCGGAUCACCCGCUCCAACAGCAUCCCCACCCACGACUCCACCUUUGAGCUGUACAGCACCUCCCAGAUGGGCAGCACCCUCUCCCUGGCAGACAAACCCAAGGGCAUGAUCCGCUCGGGCUCUUUCCGGGACCCUGUGGACGACGUUCACGGAUCGGUGCUGUCCCUGGCCUCCAGCGCGUCCUCCACCUACUCGUCCGCUGAGGAGAAGAUGCAGUCCGAGCAAAUCCGCAAGCUGCGCCGCGAGCUGGAGUCCUCGCAGGAGAAGGUGGCCACCCUGACGUCCCAGCUGUCUGCUAACGCCAACCUGGUGGCAGCUUUUGAGCAGAGCCUGGUGAGCAUGACGUCCCGCCUGCGGCACCUGGCCGAGACUGCUGAGGAGAAGGACACGGAGCUGCUGGACCUGCGGGAGACCAUCGACUUCCUCAAGAAGAAGAACUCGGAGGCCCAAGCCGUGAUCCAGGGCGCUCUGAAUGGCACCGAAGUCGCGCCCAAAGAGCUGCGCAUCAAGCGGCAGAACUCCUCCGACAGCAUCUCCAGCCUCAACAGCAUCACCAGCCACUCCAGCAUCGGCAGCAGCAAGGACGCAGACGCCAAGAAGAAGAAGAAGAAGAGCUGGGUGUAUGAGCUGCGAAGCUCCUUCAACAAGGCCUUCAGCAUCAAGAAGGGGCCCAAGUCGGCCUCGUCCUACUCGGACAUCGAGGAGAUUGCCACGCCGGACUCGUCUGCCCCGUCCUCCCCCAAGCUGCAGCACGGCUCCACGGAGACCGCCUCGCCCUCCAUCAAGUCCUCCACGUCCUCCUCCGUGGGCAUCGACACGGCUGAGCUCUUCCAGGCCCACAGCGAGGGCGAGCCGGAGAAGAAGGAGGUGUCGGAGCUGCGGUCAGAGCUGUGGGAGAAGGAGAUGAAGCUGACGGACAUCCGCUUGGAGGCCCUCAACUCGGCCCACCAGCUGGAGCAGCUGCGGGAGACCAUGCACAACAUGCAGCUGGAGGUGGAUCUCCUGAAGGCCGAGAACGACCGGCUCAAAGUGGCUCCGGGGCCCUCGGCAGUGCCGGGAUCCCUUCCCGGCCACGUCACGAGCACUUCGGCCUCCUCUUCGCCGCGGCGCUCGCUGGGCCUCGCCCUCGGCCAUGCCUUCAGCCCCAGCCUGGCGGACACAGAUGUGUCCCCCAUGGAUGCUGUCAGUGCCGGCACCCAGAAAGACGAGCUGACGCUGAGGAUCGUGGUGCGCAUGCCGCCCCAGCACAUCAUCAAGGGGGACCUCAAGCAACAGGAGUUUUUCCUGGGCUGGACCAAGGUGAGCGGGAAGGUGGACUGGAAGAUGCUGGAUGAGGCUGUCUGCCAGGUCUUCAAGGAUUACAUCACCAAGAUGGAUCCUGCCUCCACGCUGGGGCUCAGCACCGAGUCUGUCUAUGGCUACAGCAUCAGCCACAUCAAGCGGGUCCUGGACACGGAGCCGCCGGAGCUGCCGCUGUGCCGCCGGGGCAUGACCAGCAUCGUGGUGACGCUCAAAGGCUUGAAGGAGAAGUGCGUGGACAGCCUGGUGUUCGAGACGCUCAUCCCCAAGCCCAUGAUGCAGCAUUACAUCAGCCUCCUGCUGAAGCACCGGCGGCUCAUCCUCUCGGGACCCAGCGGCACGGGCAAGACUUACCUGACCAACCGCCUGGCCGAGUACCUGGUGGAGCGCUCGGGCCGGGACGUCACCGAGGGCAUCGUCAGCACCUUCAACAUGCACCAGCAGUCCUGCAAGCUCCGUUGGUUGCAGGACCUGCAGCUGUACCUCUCCAACCUGGCCAACCAGAUCGACCGGGAGACGGGCACGGCAGACGUGCCGCUGGUGAUCCUCCUGGAUGAUCUCAGCGAGGCGGGCUCCAUCAGCGAGCUCGUCAACGGCGCGCUCACCUGCAAGUACCACAAAUGCCCCUACAUCAUUGGGACCACCAACCAGCCCGUGAAGAUGACUCCGAACCACGGCCUCCACCUCAGCUUUAGGAUGCUGACCUUCUCCAACAACGUGGAGCCAGCCAACGGCUUCCUGGUGCGCUACCUGCGGCGGAAGCUGCUGGAGUCGGACACGGACGUCAACGCCAACAAGGAGGAGCUGCUGCGCGUGCUGGACUGGGUGCCCAAGCUCUGGUACCACUUGCACACCUUCCUGGAGAAACACAGCACCUCCGACUUCCUCAUCGGUCCCUGCUUCUUCCUGUCCUGCCCCAUUGGAAUUGAGGAUUUCCGGACUUGGUUCAUCGACCUGUGGAAUAACUCCAUCAUCCCCUACCUGCAGGAGGGAGCGAAAGAUGGGCUCAAGGUCCACGGGCAGAAGGCGGCCUGGGAGGACCCCGUGGAGUGGGUGCGGGACACCCUGCCCUGGCCGUCAGCGCAGCAGGACCAGUCCAAGCUGUACCACCUGCCCCCGCCCACCAUCGGGCCCCACAGCACCGUGUCCCCUCCCGAGGAGCGCACCGUCAAGGACACGACGCCCAGCUCCCUGGACGCGGACCCCCCUGAUGGCCAUGCUGCUGAAGCUCCAGGAAGCCGCCAACUACAUCGAGUCUCCGGACCGCGAGACUAUGGUGGAUCCCGACCUGCAGUCGACUCUGUGAGGCACGGACAUGCCGGCCCAGGCGCAGGGGAGCCGCCGCCGGGCUGCUCUCCUUCUCCUCUGGUAGCCUGGAGCGCGGGGCUGGGGCUGGUGAGCGAGCGGAGAGGACUGGGGCUCCGCGCGUCCUUCGCGGAGCGUGGGGAAGCUCGGCUCACCCGCGGGAGAGCGCGAGGUGCCGUUUCCCCUCCCCAGGCCGGGAGUAGGAGGAUCCUGGUUUCUCUUCUUGGUUUUUCUGUCUGUUGCAAACGCUCGGGCUUCGGGGCCGGGCUGACCCGCUGGGACCAAGCCCCCGCUCUGCGGAGCCGCAGGAAGGCCCCUGCGUGGGGCAGGGACCCCGCGGGAGCCACCUGGGCCGGAGCUGGGCCGCGUCCCUCUGUCCGGCCAGCGCGCGGCCGAGGGCAGGCACCGAGGGACCGCUGCCGGGGGGAAGCGCCCGCCUCGCUCUGAGCGAGGAGCAGCGCGGCUCCGCCGCUAUCUUUGUACGUUCCCUGUUUAACCUGCAUGGCAGCCGCUGCGACCCGGACAGCCCAAUAAACCCUGCUUUGGUUAUUUUAUUUUAUUUCCCCCGCACACACACCCCUUCCUUCCCUUUUCUUUGGCCGAGUCCAGACUUUGCUUUGGUCCCUUUUUUGUUCUUGUUCUUUUCUCUCCCUGCCCGUGGCCCGGUGCCCCUCACUUCCCCGCGAGCAGCUCCCCUUCCUUUUGCUUUCUUUUGCAGCCGUCGGUUCCACCACUCCAACCACCUCCGUUACAAAACUGGUGCUCACUGGACAACCUCCAGUCCCUGAAUCCACCUCCUGCAGCCUCGCACCUGGGCUGGGACGGGACCUGGCAGCCGGUGGCAGCGGGAUGCUCCCGGAGCACCCCCUUGCCUGGCAGCCCCCCUCCCCAAAAGCACAAGGCAGAGUCCGGCCCUGGGGACGAGGUGUCCCACCCGGCCGGGAUGCUAAGGGACAUCCCCGCCCCUGCACGCAGGGUGCUGCUGCCCUGUCCCCGCUGUGCUGGGGGGCACAGACUGCCCCCCGUCCCCUCCCUGCUGCCUGGCGGGGUGGCACAGGGUGGCAGGCUGUGCCCAGGGUUGUCCCCGUGCCCCCAGAUCCCCCCCCAGGCUCUGUUGGGGUUUGGUGGCCCCCAGGUGCCAGCCUGCGCCCUCGGGCCUGGCAGCGCCUGCUCAGCGUGGGCUCGCCGUACCCCGCACCGGUGCUCUGGGGACACCCAGCUGGGGCCACGCAUCCUCUUGGCCCCAAGGUGCAAUGUCACAGGCGCUGCUCCCGCCGCACUGCCUUAAUCCCUGCGCCGUGUGGGAAGGGGGCAGGCGGGGCUGGGGCUGGCACGGUCACAGCCUGCCCCAGGGGCGGUGUCCUCUCACUGUGUCCCUAAAGCCAGCCGGGCUGGGACAGGACGGCGGCACUGGGGUGAGCCCAGCCCAGCCGGGGCCGCUGGCUUCAUGCCCUUUACUUGCACAUCCCUGAGGAUGCUCCAGGGCUGCUGCCUCUGGCCCCGCUGGGCUCCGCAGCCCCCUCCCUCUCCCCAUGGUCCCACCACCGGGCCGAGGGGAGCACGACGCCUGGGACCCCCCCUCCUCGGACCCCUUUCGGGGAGAGGUGGCCCCAGGGCCGGGCUGUCCACCCUGUCCUGCUCCCACCCCCUCCUCGUGCGUGGCCUUUGGGGACACCUCGCCACCCUGCGAGGCGGCCAUCUCCUCCCAGGCCCUGCCUGGCCCCCCUGGUGCCGCUCGCCGGCGGCCACCACCGCUGCCCUUGGUGCUCUCUCGCCCGGCGCGCCUCGCCUUGCCGCCCCGCGCAUCCGGGCCGCGGCGCACGCGCCCCAUGGUGCUCACUUCUCCGUCUGUCCGACAGCCUCCCCGCCGCCACCUCGCAGCCCCCCGGCCCCCCCCGGGGCCGGCCAGCCCGGCCCCUCCGCACAGGGCUGUCCCUCCCCACGCUGGCUUGGACGCUAGGGCUUUUCGUUUGCCUUCUCUUGUGUUGCCGCCGUCGGCUAAGGACUCUCGCUGUAAAUAGAUCUGUAGUCGAACGCCCUGCGUGAGUUGGUGGGGCCCGGCCCUGCGCGUCUUUCCGUUUUUUUGUACUCUGUGAUAACUGUGCUGUGCUGACUUCUUUUCUGAUUGUACAAGACACCGGCUCAGCAGUCGCUCGAGGCCGGCGCUGGGGAUCCGCGCUCCCCUCCAGCCCCACUCACCCUCCUCGGGGCUCUGGUGCCUGAGGCAGGACGGGGCACGAAGCACCUUUGGGUGCCCUCCUGGGUGCCCUGAGGAGCCCCGUGGUGUAAGGGGUCGAUGCAUCCCCCCUGCUUUGCACGGUGUCCGGGGUCGGGCUGUCUUUCCUGACCCCCACGGAGCCACCAAACCAUCAAACCAACCGUCCCCAUCACCGGCUCACCCGGGGCCAUACACCUGGGUGCCCCCAGCCCCUUUCCCAUGGGUUUGCCCCAUCCUUCCCCGCCUGGCACUGCCCCAUAACCUCAGCCGCUGUGUGCUGGGGUGAGGGACAAACCUUGGUGUACACCAGGAGGAAUCCCAAGCCCUGCAUCAGCCCGUUUCAGCGCUGUGGGAUGGGCGAUGCCCCGAGGAUGGUGUGUGUGUGGGGGGGGGCUCUCCCUGGGGCUCCCCAGCUGAGGGGGACAGGCCCCGAUGGCUCCUCCUGGCUUACACCGCGCACCCCCCCGUCCCCAAGCGUGGCAGCCAUCGGGGGCGCUGGGGACCGAGCGUCCCCCAGGGCUGCCGGUGCCUGGCCCAACGGGGCCGACCAUUGCACUGAGGCAUCCCCCGGAGCCCCAGGGGUGCCCGUCACCCCCAAAGGCGCCUGUUGUCCCUAAGGGUGCCCACCGUGCCGAGGGUGCCCGUCACCCCAAAGGUACCCGCGGCCCCUCGGAGCGCCAGGAGCCCUCCCGAGGGGCUGGAGCUGGCGGCUGCCGGCGCCUCCCCCUCCUGCCCCCUCGAGCUGCUGCUGCCCGGUGGCCUGAACCUUACAAUUUUAGCUUUUUUCUAUUAAAAAAGAAAAACAAAACAACAACCUUUUUUUAAUUAAAUAAAAGACGAAAAUGGACAAAUUCCUGUUUUAGAUGAUCUGUGUAACUGACUGGGUUUUGUGUUUCUUAACUGCAUGGUAUUCCUGCCGAGGGGUUUUAUAGCACUUUUUAAAUUUCUCUUUAAGAUUUUGGUCCGGAUUUCUACUGCUCUCGCCUGUCUGUCUUUGCUUUUUCCUUGCCUCUUCGAAGUUUGUAAACUCGCUCCAUUUUAUACCUGAUGUUGGAACCCAACCCUACGUUGUACAUAGCUGCGGGAACAAUCAGAGGGAACAAACACUAUCUGGACUCUUUCCACAAUUCGUUGUUUUUACUUAAAGAAAUUUUCAAGUCCAAAAGGAAGCCAGGAAAAGGCUUGAGGAUGUUACGAAGGACAGAAACAAAUCCAGCCCUGCACCAAGUCAGCUCCUGCUGCCCACGCUGCCCGCACCAACCGGCAUGUCUCUUCUCGGUCGUCUGUCUAACACCAUUGGAUUCAAUAAAGUUAUCUCCUGUACCGCC